CGUUCUUCGCGGACAGUAACAGGCCGGGACUCUCUCCAGGACAGGCCCUAGGUCCCUUUCCUCGUCUUCCCAGGGGCCACUGCUCCAGCCUGACUUCUCACCAGGCACCGCCGGCCUCUUCCCUCUGCGCUGUUUCUUACAGACCGGAACCUGCGAGCAGGGAGCGGAGGUCACGCUGUCGACUAUUGACUUAUAAGGACUCAUUGCCUGAAGAAGAAGCCCAGAAAAGGAGGAGCAGGAAGGAGAGGGAUUCGGAGAUGGCUCUUUCUCAGAGACAAUUGACCCUCAGCGAUGUGUUCAUAGAAUUCUCUCAGGAGGAGUGGGAAUGCCUGUCCCCAGCUGAGCAGGCCUUGUACAGGGAGGUGAUGUUGGAGAGCUACCGGAACCUGCUCUUCCUAGGUCUUCAUGCUUCUUUCUUCUUAUAUGCAGGAAUUUCUGUUUCUGAUCUAUAUAUUGUUUCCAUUUUGGAGCAAGGGAAAGCACCCUGGACUCAGGAGAGCGAGUUGAAACUAGCACAAAAACCAGAUUGGUGGGAACAUAUCGAAGGUGUGAACACAGAUCGCUCUCCUUCAUAUGUGAUCAAGAAAUUAAAACCAACAAAAACCAGUAAUACAGGUGGAGUAUUCCAAACACUGCUGUUCAGGGAAAUCCGGGAACAUAUGCAUGACUUUGUGUGUCAGCAGCAAGAUGAUGAAAGAAGUUCCAACAGAAUACCUAUAACUCAUAAAAAACAUCGCACCGAUAGACAAGAACAACAUGGUAAAAAGCAUGCCGCUGGAAAUGAACCUGUUGAAAACAGGCUUGGACUAAGGUUUCAGUCACUUCUGGCUGAUAUGCGGAUAUUUCAAACUGAAGGGAAAAUUGAUGAAUGCAGUCUAGCCGAAAAGUCAAUUAAUAAUACUUCCUUUGUUUUUCCACUUAAAAAAGGCUUUUCUAGUGUCCAAGCUAACGUUUCUACUAUAUGUGGAAAUGAUUCUAGGCAUCCUUCAACACUGACAAAAGACCUAAAAGCAUGCAGGAAAAAUUUCUACAAAUGUACUGAGUGCGGCAAAGAGUUUAGUGUGCGUUCAAGCCUAACUAGCCAUCAGUUAAUUCAUACGGGAGAGAAACCUUACAAAUGUUGUGAUUGUGGCAAAGCCUUUGCUGUACGUUCACGCCUUACUACACAUCAAGUUAUUCAUACUGGAGAGAAACCUUACAAAUGUAAUAAAUGUGGCAAGGUCUUUAGUCAGAAAUCACACCUUGCAUGUCAUCAGAGAAUUCAUACAGGAGACAAGCCAUACAAAUGUAAUGCAUGUGGCAAGGUCUUCAGUGCACGUUUCACCCUCACUAGCCAUCAGUUAAUCCAUUCUGGAGAGAAACCUUACAAAUGUAAUGAGUGUGGCAAGGUCUUUAGUGCACGUUUCACCCUCACUAGCCAUCAGUUAAUUCAUACUGGAGAAAAACCUUACAUAUGUAAUGAGUGUGGCAAGGUUUUUCGUUACAAAUCAUACCUUGCAAAUCAUCAGAGAAUUCAUACUGGAGAAAAACCUUACAAAUGUAAUGAAUGUGGCAAGGCAUUUAGUCAAAAAUUAACCCUUUCUCAGCAUCAGAGAAUCCAUACUGGAGAGAAACCUUAUACAUGUAAUGAGUGUGGAAAAGCCUUUAUUGUGCGUUCACGCCUAACUAGACAUCAAGUGAUUCAUAGCGGAGAAAAACCUUACAAAUGUAAUGAGUGUGGCAAGGUUUUCAGUAAAAAAUCAAACCAUGCACGUCAUCAAAACAUCCAUACUGGUGAAAGACCUCACAAAUGUAAUGAGUGUGGCAAGGUCUUUAGUCAGAAAUCACACCUUGCAUAUCAUCAGAGAAUUCAUACAGGAGACAAACCAUAAAAAUGCAACUAGUGUUCCAUGGUCUUUAGUGUACAUUCUUCCCUGACUAGACAUCAGUUAUUUUAUACUGGAGAGAAAGCUUGCAAGUAUAAUGAGUGUGGCAAGGUCUUUAGUCACACUUUGCACUGUGCAAGACAUCUGAGAAUACUUACUAGAGAGAAACAUUAAAAAUGAAUUGAGUGGCAAACCCUCCUAUGUGAGUUCAACGUAAUUUACCCUCAGAUACUCCAUAAAUGUGAGAGACCUUAGAAAUAUACUGGAUCUAGUGAGGCUUUUAGGUAUUAAACUCAAGAUUUACCAAAAUAAUUUAUACUUGCCAAUGCCAUGAAUAUGGCAAAAUAUUAAAUUAGAGCUCAGUUUUUACUAGCUAAGAAUAUAUAUCUUCAUGAGAAACUGGACAAAUUAAUGUGUGGCAGUGUUUUUACUCAAAGAUCAAGGAUUGAAAAAUAUUGGAGUGAUUCCUUACAAUUGCAGUGAAUAUGGCAAAGCCAUUAGAGUUCAGGUAUUAUGCGAGAACAGAGACGCCACAGUGAAGAGAAAUUAUGGAAAUAUAUGUGACAGAGUCUUUAACUAGGCCUCACAAUUGACUAGAUAUCAGAAUUUACAUCUUUGAGAAACCACAGAAUAUUAAUGUGUGUGUCAAUGCUUUUACCCAAAAAGUAAAAGUGGGACAUCAUACGGUUCAUUUUGGAGAGUAACCUUACAAAUGUAGUGAAUGUCAUAAAGCUUUACAUCAAAUGUCUGCACCUUCAGAGUAAUGACAGAAUAUACUACUACACCGAAUGUGGAAAUCUAAGCAAUAGGGUGUCCUCAGGAUUCACCCAAGAAUUCAUAUAAAUUUAAUGAAUGUAGUGAAAACUUUAACCAGUUAUCACAACUGACAAUACAGUCAAGAAUCCAUACUAGCAAUAAGUAAGCCUCCACUUUUCUGAGGUUAACCUGAGACAUUACAGCCUGCAGAAAAAUUACAAGUCAAACUGUCUUAAAACUCAGGAAAUGCCAUAUAUCGCAAGAACAAACAGGUCUUAGUAUUUUUAAUAUUUAGUUAUCUACAUAUUCUUAAAAAGAUUUCGUGACUGAGUUUUAACGCAAAGUUAAAAGUUUGCUGAAUUUAUGCUUUUCGGUCUUUCGUGCUGGUCUUUGGCAUGCAAUCAAUACAAUCAAAGGACCUACUUCAUUAGCAUGGUUCAUUCAUAUCCAUGUCCCCUAGAAAACAAGGACACUGAAUAUCAAUUUCAUUAAUGUAUGAAUUAGAAUCAGGGAAGGCAGAAAAUGACAUAAAACUAUGUUUUAAAUCUUCAUACUUGCUAGCUUCAGGGUGCCCAUCUCUAGACAGGCCACCGUCGGUCAUAGGAAGGCAGGCUCCAUGAGCUGACCCUUAAACAGAGCAGAUCUGGACAUGAAGGGACUCGGCUUGUCAAGGGAGGAGAGUGAUAGUAGUAGAAAUAAUGCAGAAAAAAUGGUGGUGACUUUCUCCAUUGAAUGGGAAUAACUAUAGCAUAUCAAAAAUUAAUGGAAAUUUUGUCCUAUUUUUGGAAAUUGUAGACAGCAGGUACCUGAGAUGGGAACUUCAUCCAAAGAAUCAGAAUAGUGUGUGGGUACAUACGGUUCUCACUGAAGUGCUGGCAUUACCUUUUGCGAAUUUCAUUUGAGAAUAUAUCGUAGAGCUCAUGUUUUAAUGAAUAAAAUUUAAUUCUUUUUGUAAUCCGAAAGAAUCCUGUUUUUGUAGCAACACAGUUUUAUCACAUUUUUAUAGGGACUUUAUAACAUAAACGAGCAAUAUGCCGCUGGGUUCUCAAGGUCAAAGGAAUCUGUAACAAUUUUCUUUCAUGAUGAGAUCAAAGAAUAUACAAUUCAGUAGAUCUAUACACAUAAUAUGCCCCUGGGUUAUUCUCUCCACACUCUGUCCUAUGCCUUUUAUAAUCAAAAUAGUUUGGCAGUCAACUCCAGACCCUAACCUCUAAAACCUGCCCACCUUCGUGAAUAUACAUCAUAGGGUUAUAUUUAUGUCUCAUUUCUACCCAAAUACAACCUAUGGCUCACUCUUUGAUUUAUAUGAAGUGAAAGUAGAAAUAUAGUUAGAAUGUGGUAAAAUUAGGAAAUCAAAGAAAAUUUCAGAAAGUAAAGAUAAAUCUCUUGAGCUUGGAGCACCCAGUGAAAUAAUUUAGGUGAAAGAUAUACAAUGGGAACGUUUUUUUUCUUUGGGAAACUAAAAAUUUCAUAUAUUGCCUCCCAAAAUUUUUUUGUUUUUAAUUUGUACUUCUGGACAUUCGUUGGAACAGGAUGGAAUCUUGUCCAAACAUUGGUUUGUAUAUUGGUACUGAUGAUGUCAAAACACUAAAAUGUUAAGAGAUUAUGUGUUACAUAAGAAAGCCAACUUUCUGA